CUGCUGCUGCCAUGGCGGCUCUGGAGCGGCCCGUGCCCAGCCCGGAGGCUUUCCUGGGCCAGCCCUGGGCCGCUUGGGUGCGGGAAGCCGCCCCCCCGCACAGUAUUGACCUAGAAGACUCUGGGAAAGAGGGCAGCAGCAGCGGCCGAGAGGUGAUGAGGCUUAGUAAAGAAGAUAUGCACUUAUUUGGCCAUUAUCCAGCUCAUGAUGAUUUCUAUCUAGUUGUGUGCAAUUCCUGCAAUCAGGUUAUCAAGCCACAGGUUUUCCAGUCUCACUGCGAACGAAGACACGGUUCAAUGUGUAAACCUUCCUCAUCUCCAGCAUCUCCAGGACCCUGCAAUUCCAGGGCAUGCCUAAUACAGAUGAAGCCGAAAUCCUGCAUCAGUGGCCAUAACUCCGUAAACAACAACAACACAAAGCCAUUCAAAACUCCCAAAGACAAUCUCAUUACCUCUAGUAGCAAACAGCACAUGGUUUUUUCUUCAAAGGUCUCGAGAGAUAAACCUUGUGUUCCUGUUCCAGUAGUCAGCCUAGAGAAAAUCCCUAACCUAGUGAAGGCAGAUGGUGCCAACGUUAAAAUGAACUCGACGGCCGCUCCUGCCAUCGCCACCUCCUCCGCCUCUUCAUCAUCCACCAUACCUGCUCCAAUCAAGUCCGCGUUGACAUCCAAAUCGGUGCCGCCGUCGCCUGAAAAGAUUCUAAACGGCAAAGGCAUCCUAGUGCCAACCGUAGACAAGAAGCACCAAAACAGCACUAAAAACAGUAACAAGUCUUACAAGAGGGUUUCAGGUGCCAGAAUGCAAGAACGUGGUCACCAAAGAGGAAAAGAGGAAUCUCUGAGAAGGGUGACAGAAGGUCCAGCGGGCAAGUCAUAUAAGGAGAGGCUGAAGGAGCUGGAAAGAGAGUUUGACCCAAAUAAACAUUGCGGAGUAUUGGACCCUGAAACUAAGAAACCCUGCACAAGGUCACUCACCUGUAAGACUCAUUCUCUUAACUAUCGGAGAGCAGUUUUAGGUCGCAAAAAGCAGUUCGACAUCCUUCUAGCCGAACACAAAGCUCGAUCCCGGGACAAAGAAGUGACGAAAGACAAGGAACACCCACAAUCCGCAAGGGAAGCGCAUCAAGGCCAACUCACCUCAGGACCAGAUGCUGUAAUGGGAAUACCUGCGAACUCUGGGCAAGAACUUAAAGGCGCAUCAACUGUCAAAUCUAGGCAGCCCAACUCAGUAUUUCCCAGAUCCUCCUCGUCAAACAGCAUAAACAGCUGCACCUCUUCAAAUCACAGCGGGAACGUACAAGAAUUGCCUCUCCCAGCCCUGGCAGGAGAUUUGCUGUGCAGGUUAUCCAGCGAUGAAGGAGAAGGAGAAGGAACCGAAGAAGCCGAAAAAUUAGACUGCUCCUAUUCGGGGCACCAUCCUCGGCCGCUUGGGUUCUGUUCAUUUGGAAGUCACCUAAUGGGAAGAGGAUACUACGUAUUUGAUAGGAGAUGGGAUCAUUUUCGACUAGCACUCAAUUCUAUGGUAGAAAAACACUUAAACUCACAAAUGUGGAAGAAGAUCCCUCCUGCCGUGGAUAGUCCCAUGCCGUCUCCAGCAGCCCAUAUCAGCAGUCCCUUCCCGUCCUCCGUCCUCCAACCUUUCAGUAAUCCCACCUCGGCAUACAUCCCCUCCGCACCCGUCAGCUCAAGGAUCCCUCCUUCUUACGUCAUGGCUUCCGCCAUGUUACCCAACGCCUCUUUGGCAACGGCGACGGACCCCCAUUCCCUAACGUCCCAUGCCACCGCCUUCCCGCAUGUGGCGGCCAGCCUGAGCAUCGUCGACUCCACUUUUAAGAUGCCGUCGGCCCUGUCGCCUCUGCCCGCCGUCAUCCCUUCCCCAUCUCACAAGCCAUCCAAAACGAAAACCAGCAAAUCCUCCAAAGUCAGAGACCUCUUGUGUCGCAGCGACGAGCCUCCCAGUAACAAAAAGAGAAAGCUGCCGUCAUCGUCUUCCUCCUCCUCUUCUUCCUCCUCUUCUUCCUCCUCGAUAUCUUUGCAGACUUCCUCCACGUCCUCGUUCUCAGGGGCGCACAGGAAGAACUGCGUCUUGAACCCCAGUUCCACCGUCAACUCUUACCCGGCGGCCCCUUCCUAUAACAGCCUGUCUGUGCACAACGCAAACAACGGAACAAGCCCCUUCAGUGCCAAAUCAGAGCCCUCAGGAUGGACUUCGCUCUCCGGCAGUCCAGCGGACUCGGUGAAACAUAUGAGCAUUGUCGUGAGCAGCAUUGACCCCUCCGGUUUGUCUGUCCCUUCCCUGGUGCACCCUUUGGCGGACCACUCCCUCGCCGCGCACAACGCAGUCUCUCCUCUGCCCCUUUGCUUCGACAAAUCGGAAGGGAAAAAACGCAAGAACUCGAGUGCCAGCAGCAAAGCCUGUAAAAUCACUAAAAUGCCUGGAAUGAAUAGUGUUCAUAAAAAGAGCGCAGCCAAUCUCAUCUCUCCGGGGCCGGAUACGCCAAACGCCAUCUCUCGGCCGAUUGGGAAAAACAGUGGUGUAGCUUUGUCCCAGUCUAGUCCUUCAAGUACAUCAAAUCUAAUGCACAACAAACAAAAAACAUUAAAUCGGGCUGGUAGGAUAAGGACUCUUCCAUGAAUAAGGAGAACAACCACUCUCUUAUUUUUGCAGCCCUUCUCCAAGCCAACUUAUUGGUUUCUGUGUCCUGCAGAUUUUCCCCCCCGUAAUUUUGUAUUAAAAUUGUUUCCCUUUUUCCCAUAAAAAUUGUAGUCAUGGUUUACUUUAAUUUCUUACAUGUGAUCGGUUACAUUGCCUCUGAUCGGUGCAAUUGGUUUUAAUUUUUUUAAAUUAAUGCCUUCGGGAGGAAAUUAUUGCGUUUUCUCUUUUCAAUUUCUUGCAACAACGGAAGCAGUGGACAUUUCAAAAUAAUGCCAUUUGUGAUUAAAAAGAACAGAUUGAGCAAAGCUAUUCUUUUAAAUUUGUGGUAACUUCUGUAUUAAUUAUUGUCCUCGGGAUUAAAGGAAAAUCUCCAUCCUUUUUGCCAACUUAAUGGCUACAAGUUUCAGUGUUUCUAGAUUCUUUGAACGCACUGAAUGGUUAAUGCAUCUAGCUAUUGCCAAUAAUUAAUAGGAAUAUUGUGUGACCAUUUCCCUCAUAUCUAGAUGAAGGGGCCAAGAAAAGGAUUGUCCUUGGUGAAGCAUUAUUCUAAAAUAAGGACAGAAGUUGGACAUAACUGAAUUUGCAUCAGUAGAAUUGCACUGACAAUGUUUUUACAGGAAUUACUGAUUUUUUAAAAAAAAAUGAAAGAUUUUUUUGUAAUCAGGAAACCAAUUAUACUAAGGUCCUACAAAAUUACUACAAAGGAAUUAACUUUUCUUUCUGCAGAAUUAAAAGUGCACUUAUAUGCCAGAUUUAUUUACAUCUUGGGGAGAAAUGAAAAUGAAUGCAAAUAGAUUUAUUAGCUUCUUUCCUUUUAAAGUAAAAGCUUACGGGCAAAUUUUAAAGCAUAGGAAAUGUUUAACAACGGUAAACAAAGGCUAGGCCUCUUGGGGGAAAUUAGAAAAUAUUCUCAAAAUAAUUUUUAUAAUGUUAUUGUAAUUUAUGUUUUCUUAUACUUGGGAAGCGACAAGAGUAGUUUCAUGGAUGAUAUGAAGCUAGGAAAAAAUAUAAGCAAUGGUUGUAUUUUUCAUGUAUUUUGAGUUACAUUUUAUUGUACAUUCUUCAGAUUGAAAAAAAAAGUACAUAUCUUUAUUUUUGCACAAUUUUUUGUCAUUGGUAGUAGGAACAGAGCCUUGUUUUUUAAAAACUAAUUUAUUUGUGUUGUAUAGCUGCAGGAGUUAUCAAAUUUCAGUAGCAAAACAACGCUCCAAUGAUCAAACUGCUGUUCUAUGUUUGGGGUGGGGGGGAGAGAUACGAUGAAUAUGAAUUUGAGUGGCUGCUGAAGGAACAAUUUAAUAAUGUCAAGACUUCCUUAGCUUAACAUGCAUCUAUUAUGUAGAAAGCUGGAUUAUUGGUGGGUGUUUUAGGAUAAUGCUCAUUUAUCUCUUCAUUUUCCAUGACUUAGAUCUCACAGCAUUUUGGAAACCUUAAGUAUCAAAUACAGCCUUCCACAUUUUGUUCCAUCACCUUUUUUU